AUGAGCAGAGAAAACAAAGCUCAUCUCCAUUACUGUUUUCUGCUUAUUUUCUUCGCUUUUUUUGACCCUUCGUCAUCUUCUUCAUCUUCCGACACGGUAAUCGGAUAUGGUUACAGCCUCCGAUCGGCGACAGUCGACCCAUCCGGACGAUUGCUGACAGCUCAGCUGCAGCUGAUCGGCAACUCCUCUGUUUUCGGACCGGACAUUCAGCUCCUAUCCCUCACCGCCAGAUUGGAAACAAACGACCGUCUGCGAAUCCGAAUCACCGACGCCAACAAGCGGCGCUGGGAAAUCCCCGACAACAUUCUCCCCCGCCGCCGCCGCCUCCGCUCCUCCUUCCUCAACCCAUCUCCGCCGCAGAUCUCUCCCCCGAGCUCAGACCUUAGCUUCGCCCUCUACAACACCACGCCGUUCGGAUUCACCGUCCGCCGCCGCUCCUCCGGCGAAACUCUAUUCGACACCACGCCCCUCGGCCGCGAUGCCUCCACCUACCUCAUAUUCAAGGAUCAGUACCUCCAGCUCUUUUCCUCUCUGCCGCCGCGGACCUCCUACCUCUACGGCGUCGGGGAGCACACGAAAGGCACCUUCAGGCUGCAGCACAACCAGACACUCACUCUCUGGAACGCCGACAUCGCCAGCGCCGCCGUGGAUAUCAACCUGUAUGGGUCCCACCCUUUCUACAUGGAUCUCCGAUCUCCGGGUGGCCUGGCUCAUGGGGUCCUGCUGCUCAAUAGCAAUGGGAUGGAUGUUCUGUAUGCAGGGGAUCGGAUUACAUACAAGGUGAUCGGUGGAAUGCUUGACCUGUAUUUCUUUGCCGGGCCCACGCCGGAGCUGGUCAUGGAGCAGUACACGGGCCUCAUUGGCCGGCCGGCGCCUAUGCCUUAUUGGUCGUUUGGCUUUCAUCAGUGUCGCUAUGGUUACAAAGAUGUAAAUGAUCUUGAGAACGUGGUUGCUGGUUAUGCGAAAGCAAGAAUUCCUUUAGAAGUUAUGUGGACUGAUAUUGAUUACAUGGAUGCUUACAAAGACUUCACCUUAGACCCCAUCAAUUUUCCAGCAGAUCAGAUGAAGAAUUUUGUCGACUCACUUCAUAAGAAUGGUCAGAAAUACGUUGUCAUCGUAGAUCCCGGAAUCGGUGUGAACGAAACAUAUCCGACCUACGUAAGGGGAAUGCAAGCCAAAAUCUUCAUAAAACGUGAUGGGGUCCCUUAUCUUGGCCAAGUUUGGCCCGGAUUAACUUACUUCCCCGAUUUUCUAAACCCAGAUAGUGAAACGUUUUGGACGAACGAGAUCAAAUUAUUUCACAAAAUCCUCCCCAUCGACGGACUCUGGAUCGACAUGAACGAGUUAUCCAAUUUCAUUUCCUCACCGUCAAAUCCAUCUUCGACCAUCGAUAAUCCUCCUUAUAAGAUCAACAACUCGGGUUAUCUACGCCCGAUCAACGAGAAAACAGUGCCAGCAACUGCACUGCACUUUAGUAACGUCACUGAAUAUGACGUUCACAAUCUCUACGGUUUUUUAGAAUCCAGAGCUACUCAUGCUGCCCUAACUAACGUGACUGGUAAAAGGCCGUUUGUGCUGAGUAGGUCCACUUUUGUGGGUUCUGGCAAGUACACAGCACACUGGACCGGAGAUAAUGCUGCCACCUGGAAUGACCUGGCAUACACGAUACCGAGCAUCUUGAACUUUGGACUUUUUGGUAUACCGAUGGUAGGGGCUGAUAUAUGGGCUGAUAUAUGUGGCUUUUCGGGAAAUACAACUGAGGAGCUCUGCAGACGGUGGAUUCAGUUAGGCGCGUUCUAUCCAUUUGCCAGAGACCACUCUGAAAAAACCACAAUCCGUCAAGAGCUCUACAUUUGGAAUUCAGUAGCCGAAUCAGCAAGGAAAGUGUUGGGACUUCGCUACCGGUUAUUGCCCUACUUUUACACGUUAAUGUACGAGUCGCACUCCAAGGGCACGCCCAUUGCUCGCCCGAUUUUCUUCUCAUUUCCCCAAGACACGAAAACCUACGAGAUUAGCUCCCAGUUUUUACUCGGCAAGGGAGUCAUGGUCUCGCCCGUGCUGGAACCUGGAGCAGUUUCUUUAAUCGCAUAUUUUCCGGCUGCAAACUGGUUCGACCUAUUUAAUUAUUCAUCCUCUUUGAGUUUAAAAAAAGGGAACUAUGUAAAGCUCGAUGCUCCUCCCGAUCAUAUAAACGUGCACGUUCGUGAAGGAAGCAUUUUGCCCAAGCAAGGAGAGGCAAUGACGACACGGGCAGCUAGGAAAACGCCGUUUGAGUUAUUGGUAGUUGUAAGCAAUGAAGGAAAUAGCUCGGGCGAGCUUUUUCUGGAUAACGGUGAGGAUUUAGAGGUCGGGGGCAAUGGAGGGAAAUGGAGUUUCGUGAGAUUUGAGAGCCGUUUAGUGGGAUAUACACUGAUCCUUGAAUCAAAGGUUUUGAAUGGCGAUUUUGCCCUUGGACAGAAGUGGAUCGUUGGUAAGGUGACGGUUCUUGGGCUGAGGACUUGUUUCGGGAAGAUCAAAGGAUGUCGAUUAGUGGCAAAUGGGAUUAACAGACGGGAGAAAUUUGCAGUUGAAGGAGGGAAGAAUGGAUUUAUGAUAUUAGAGGUGGUGAAUUUGUCAGUGCCUGUUGGGGAAGAGUUCAGAAUGGAGUUUACUUUACAGUCACCUGCCAAUUAA